GUGGAAAGAACAAAAACGCUCAUUGAUGGCUAUCAAAUAAGACGGAAGAGGGACUUCGUCCUAGCUAGCUACAGUUGUUGCUCGUUCUCUUUAUUCCCCACGGCUAGAGCACAACUCGGUGCUUUAUUUAUCUUUGAUAGACUUGACCCCAAGUUGGAUCGUGUGCUGAGACGACGUUGAGUUGCUGCUGCUGAGGUAUCCCGAUGACAUCUUUUGGUCGUCGCCGUCGCAGAGCGGCUGCUCUCCAGAUCUGUUGCGUGGGAUUGCUGUCUAUGCAAGCCACCGUCUGUCAUGCAGGCAUUGGCAAGAAUCUAGGACGAGCGUUUCUGGGCUGGAGAGGAUUGUUUGGACGAAAAAAGAAUCAGGAAGAUCCACUGUUACUGUCAAGGCAACAUCAUUAUCAAUUGACUCGCCCCCAAGCCUUUUUGUUGGGAUGGAGGGGAGGUAGCAGUGAUGGAUACGACCAGUAUCGAAGCAAUAAUAAUUAUCCACCACCAAAUAAUAAUGACAAUCACCGGUAUCAUGCGCAGCAGCAGCAGAAUCCACCGCCACAGUACAAUCAGCAGCACGGACAAACCCAACAGCAGCAAAGACCCCCACCGGAUUUGCCUGCCGACCUUCCUGGUUAUGGAGAUACAGUCAGUGUCAACGAUAGACCCGCUUACGGACAGCAACAAUCCACAUCAUCAUCUUCUUAUCCUCCUAGUCCAGGAAACGAUAAUCCCUAUCAGCAUCAUUCAGCACAACAACAGAAUCCAUAUCCACCUGAUCCAUCUUUGCCACCACCACAACAAGAUCUAAAUCCAUAUGGACAACCGCCACCUGGCAGCAAUGAUCCUCCCAUGCCAUCAUUCGCAUCCUAUCAUAAUGAUGACCCCAUGAUGAUCACGGAAGAUGAACAAGUUCCUUGGGAUGAAGAUCCCACAACCGAAUUGAAUAGCAAUGAGCCCGAUCUGUCUUCUUUCAACAAGGAAUACAUAAUGAAAGGUUUGGCCAGACUGUACAAGAAAAAGAUUCUACCCAUUGAAUUGUCCUCCAGGUAUGGACACUUUCAUUCACCACCGCUGUCACCGGCAGACUUUGAUUCCCCGCCAGCAGUAUUGUUGCUGGGGCCCUUUAGUGUUGGCAAGACAUCCUUCAUCAAGUAUCUCCUGGGCCGCGACUUUCCUGGCAUUCGGGUGGGACCAGAACCGACCACGGAUCGAUUCACGGCCGUCCUGUACGGUGCCGAUGACAAGAUUGUUCCUGGGGCGGCACUCUGUGCUCAAAACUUUCGUCCCUUUACCGGCUUGAGUCCCUUUGGAAACAACUUUUUGUCUCGAAUGGAAGGAGUGGAACUGGACAGUGACAUUCUACGCAACGUCACACUCAUUGAUACUCCUGGUAUUCUCAGUGGACAAAAGCAACGGGAUCGAAACUAUGACUAUGAAUCCGUCAUGAAAUGGUUUGCGGAACGUGCCGAUCUCAUUAUCAUUAUGUUUGAUGCACACAAGCUAGACAUUUCCGAUGAAAUGAAACAAGUCAUGGAGCUCAUGAUCCCUCAUCUGGACAAAGUUCGGAUCGUUCUGAACAAGGCAGACAACAUCUCUCCUCAGCAAUUGAUGCGUGUCUACGGUGCCUUGAUGUGGAGUUUGGGCAAGGUCAUGAAUACACCCGAAGUGUGCCGCGUCUACAUGGGCAGUUUCUGGGACAAACCACUGAAGGAAACGGGUCAACAGGAUUUGCUGCAGCGUGAAGAAAUGGACUUGUUGGACGACAUUAUGAAACUGCCCCAGCAAGCCGUGAUGAGACGCAUCAAUGAAUUGGUGAAACGAGCUCGCAGUGUCAAAGUGCACGCCUACAUUAUCCAUUACUUGCGAAAGCAGUUGCCAUACAAUCCUUGGCAAAGAAGAGGAAAGCAGGAACGGCUGAUUAGGAGAUUGGAGCAAGAGUUCAAGGGUGCAUCACGAAGGUAUGGUUUGCCCAUGGGAGAUUUCCCGCCAGCGGACGCCCUGCGAAAGGCCCUGUAUGAGAUUAAGGAUAUCGGGGAGUUCCCGAAGCUGGACAAGAAGAUGGUGCGGGAGAUGGAAAAGGUAUUCUCGCAUGACAUUCCUCUGUUGCUGGAUAAAGCUCGGGAUCCACAGUAAAAAGGACGGGCUUCGAAGACCUGACGGCACUGUAUCAGGAUCGACGCAGCGAGUGUUCGCUAUGUGAAGGGAUGGCCCUCCAUUUACGGUAUCAUGUGCAGCCAAGCAUGCCGCUGUUUGUCAUGGCAACGAGUCCAGACUAUCGAGGUCCGCUGUCCAACCUGUGUGCGGCGGCACAAUAAGUAUGCGAAGAGCAUGCUUCUGUCCCCGCGGGUACGACUGUACUGUCCCCGACCUGACAUAGCUACAUUUUGUGUAUCUAUCUACUAGCUAGCUAAGCAAAGUAUAUCUGUA